AUGGGCCCGGCUAUCACAGAGAAACUCGCUACCAUAAUCAAUAAGCGUUGGUCUGAAAAACUGAGCGAUCAAAAGCUGAAAGAAAAGCGGGAUCAACAUCCCCGCCCAGACAACUGUGACAGACUUGUGGCGCCACGCAUUAACCCAGAAAUCUGGGCGAGAAUAGACCACACUGCAAAACAGUUGGACCUUCGCGCCAGCACAAACCAAGCUAAUCUGGCCAAAGCUGGAGUUGUCCUGGCAAAAUCAACCGACAAACUUUUGUCACUUUAUCAAAAAGACUCGAAGCCCGAGUACCGAGAGCUUAUCACACUCAACACAGACGCCCUUGCUCUGCUGGGACACGCGUCGUGUGAAAUGUCACAACGAAGGCGGGAAACGCUAAAACCGCAUCUUAACAAAGAAUACACGACGCUUUGCGCCUCGCAUGUUCCAGUUACAUCCCUCCUAUUUGGGGAUGACCUACAGGGUCGACUAACAAAUAUACGAGCUACAAACAAAGUUAGCAACACAAUCAGCGAUGCGAGAAAACAAUAUAAAAAUACACAACAAUGGCGACCACGAUCAGAUUACGACAAGAAGCAUUUUUUAUCCAAGGGCCCCAGACAGCGCCAAAAACCGCCUCCACCAAGGAAACCAAACCAGUGGAAUCGAAACCGAAAAAAUCAGUAA